AUGGUAACAGUCACAAUUCAUAUUUUACAGGCUAGUGCCGGGCGUGCCAGGCCCAGCGAGGCCUACAGAAUUGUGGAGGAACUGCCUUAUGACUCAGAAGAUUCACAGUACAGUGACAGCAGUGAUGAAGAGUGGUUGCCAAGUAAAAAAACUCUAGAUCAAUGUGAAAGUGCAUCUGAGGAGGAAGGACCAGAUGUAGAGGAUGUAGAGGAAGAAAGCCCAGAUGAAAUAGCAGUAGAACCUGGUGUGGAAGCAGGGAAAUCUGUUGACACACCAGCACCACCCGCGAAAGCAAAGAAAAAACAACAAAAAAGACACACCUGGAAAGUAAAGGACAGUCCAUGUGAGGGAGUGUUACCGGACUUCUUGGGAGAGUGGAGUCUAAAUGUUCAAGCAACUGAGCCCCUGGAAUUCUUCUUGCACCUCUUCCCAGAAGAACUCAUAGAUGAUAUAACAUACCACACCAACCUCUAUGCCCUCCAGAAGGGAAGGGAGAACCUGAAUGCUACAGCAGAAGAAAUGAAGGCAUUCCUUGGGAUAAACUUAGUCAUGACCUUCAUCCGCUACCCACGGAGACGGAUGUAUUGGUCAUCUGAGCAGGGACUCCGUUUACCUUUGAUUGCUGAUGCCAUGGCAGUGAACCGUUUCGAGGACAUUCUCCGAUACCUUCACUUUACAGACACCUCCUCAACGGAUCCAGGAAACGAUAAACUGUUUCGAAUAAAACCAGUGCUAGAUACUCUUCAAGCAAAUUUCCUCUCUGCUGUGGAUCCUGAGGAGUUUCAAGCCAUAGAUGAGAUGAUCAUGCCCUUCAAAGGCAAAUUGUCUAUCAAGCAAUACAUCCCCAAAAAACCCAAACCCUGGGGUGUGAAAAUUUGGGCAAGAGCAGGCGCUUCAGGAUACAUGUACCGCUUCGAAGUGUACAGGGGUGCAGCCAGCACAGGUGCGGUCAGCGAACUGGGAACGGCUGCAGACGUCAUCUUGCGCCUCUGUGAUGACAUCCAAUUCAAGAACCACAAGGUGUUUUUUGACAACUUCUUUUGCGGCAUUCCACUGAUUACUAUCUUGAAGGAACAGGGCAUCUAUGGCACUGGCACAUGCCGGGUCAACAGGCUUCAGGGGGCACAAGCGAAACUCAAGAGUGCAACAGAACUCAAAGAAGAAGGAAGAGGAGCUAUCUCUGUUGUCACCAAUGGUGAAGACGUCACUGUCACACGUUGGCUUGACAAUUCACUGAUCCACAAGGCCUCUUCCUGUCUUGGCAAGCACCCGACAGAUGUUGCACAGAGAUGGUCCAAGAAAGAUAAGAAGAUCAUCACCAUUGACAGGCCAUUCGCAGUGAAGGUGUACAACGAUUAUAUGGGAGGGGUCGGCCUGAUGGACCAGAUGGUGGCAAUGUAUCCCCACAGACGCAAGAACAAACGCUGGUACAUCAGAAUGUUCUUCCACUUCCUGGAUGUGACCGUUGUGAACGCCUGGCAUCUCCUCAGAUUCUCUGGAUUGGAGCAGGAUGGUCUUCUGCCUUUCAAGGCAUCUUUGGCUUGUUCAUUGAUAAAUUCAGGCACCGUUCGCAAAAGGGGGAGACCAACUUCCCCACCUCCUCUUCCUGUGAAGCGCAAACCUGUAUCCAAGGUAACCCGUGAGGUCAGGCUUGGCCCUGGAAACCACUGGCCCCAGCUAAACGACAUAAAAAAUGCCCAAAGGUGCCAAGACCCUGCAUGCACACGAAAAACGAAGUACAGCUGCAUGUGUUGCAAUGUGGCUGUGUGCCCUGGGUGCAUGGCAAAUUUUCACACAAGAUCUUGAACUGAUCUCUAGUUUGUCAAUUGAAACACUGUAGUUCAUUUUUCAGUGAAAAGGAAAAGCCCAGAAUGGUUGUUUGAAGAGA